AUGCUGGAGACGGACACUGAGAAGCCGGGGCAGAUGCACUCGGAGGACGGGAAGGCGGCAGCAGCCUGCGCCAUCGCCGAUCGGCGGCUCGACAGCACCUUCAGCCAGAGCACAGGAGGCAUGGUAGGCAGCACCACGGACGGCGAGGAUGAGGAGGAGGAGGAGGAAGAGGAAGAUGAGGAUGAGGAGUAUGAGGAGGAGGACAGCGAUGAGCACUACUUGGAGAGGAACGAGGCGAAGCGCAGCAGCAUGAUCGAGACGUCGGGCUGUCAGCCCGUCUACACGCUGAGCGUGCAGAGCUCCCUGCGGCGCCGCACC